AUGCCUUUCCCCGGUGAUGGUUUACCAGAACUGUGUGAUGUGAUAUUAUUUGUAAUACAGAGCCAGAGAAACUCUCACAUCCAAACGGCUAAGCAAAGAAAAGCCGAGCUGCUCCAUCAGGAUCAAACCCCUAACCGGGUGAGAAUGCUCCAGUCUGCAUCCCAACCGGGCAUGGGUUACGGCUUUUAUGGAAAAGUUAUGGGGAAGGCUUUUAUGCUGUUCGACCGCGAUGAGCCGAGCCUCAAAUCUCUCUACUAUCUUUAUGGAUGUGUUUUUGGAAGAGGAGCAUGGAAAGAUCUUCUGCAGGUGCUGAGUGAGUUUUGCGCUGAGCAGAAGUGUUUUUUGGGUAGACCACUCUAUGACGAGGAACCCACAGUCUAUGCUUUCUCAGAAGCCCCCUUCAACUUCAGAUAUCCUGACUUCAUGGUUGGCUGGGCCCUCAGCUGCCCACUGGCUAAGCGGUCUGCAGAACGCUUCAAUUAUGAGCCCCCCAAAUCGGAUUUCACGAUUGACCUUUAACGUGAGAUUGCCCUCUACAUUUGGGAGGAGGGAAGAGGUCUCUUGAAUGAGUUCUGCUUAGAGCCGUGUGACCCGGCCUCUGCAAGAAACUGCCCUACAACCGUCAACACCUACUUCCCCGCCUGCGACGUGAAGCUUGGAGAACGUUACGGAUAUGCGCUGAGCGGUGGAGGAUACAGCUACGUCACAGAAAGUGGAGGCAUGGUGUUUAGCAGGACAGCUGUACAAAAUAGCCUAACAGGUGGUAGUGAGUGUCGCAGCGCCGAUCAUCCUGAUCAUGAUAUGGUGGUUAACCACGCUGGGUUCCCUAGCCCACUUUUUCAUCAGGCCCGUCCAGAUGAUAAUGUGAAAGAGCUCCUGGCACGACAGAACCCAAUCUCCUUUCACAAACACUGGAACAUCAACCCUGUGGCCGUCUACCAGCGCUAGCUAACAGACACGGCUGCACAGACAAGACCCCAGGUUUGUGAGAAGAUUUUUGUCUUAAAAGAUGCUAAAAGCAUAUUCUGCCCUAUGAAUGUUAUCACCAAGGAUUACAUUCGAUUCGCUCAGUAA